UAUAUGAAUUAUUAUGGCUCUGUCUGCCACAGUGUUUUUCUUUAAACUACUUAGGAACACUUUUACUGGCAGUCAGUGAUGUCACUCAAAGGCAAGGUUCUGUUGCCAUAGUCUCCUGAGUUUAUUUUGAAAGCUCACUUACGGAACUUGCUUAAACAGCUUAGAAAAGACAAGCACACACACAUUUGAAGAGAUAUUCCCUCAUUACGGUGACAUUUUCAUUUUAAAAGGUCUCAAAAAUUAACAUGAAAAAGGAAACAAGAAAAAAUACAAAUGCAGGAGAUAAGAAAGAUCCAGGAGAUCAAGACUCUAAGAGCAGGAUGGCUAAAAGAAAGGCCAGUCCUGAAAAGAAGACCCCCAAAAAAGAAGGAGGGUCACUGAGCAGGCUGCUCCUUCCACCAGCACAGAUACACAUCAGGCCAAAGGAAUGAAGCGUAAGGCCCAGCAAGAAGGAGCAGGCACAACCAGUCCACCAAAGAAGAUUAAACUUGCUGAGCCUACGAGCGGUGACAAGGAGCAAGCGUCUUCCUCCGUGGACGCUGGUAAAGACUGCAGUCCAAACACAAAGGGGUGCACAAAAAAUGGCAGAAGGAAGUCUGCGGGACACAGCAAAGAGUCACCCAAGAAAAAGAAAAAGGACAAAACCAAAAACGUCGUCCAAAAUACAGCAGCCGACCAGCAACGCGAAUUCCAAGGCAGAUAUGUGCAGGAGCACCAUCUAGGAAAAGGCGGCUGUGGAGUAGUGUUUGCUGGCUACAGGAUAACAGAUCAUUUCCCAGUAGCCAUCAAACACAUUCCCAAGGACAAAAUCCCCAUCCAAGUGACGGAUAAGAACGGGAAGCAGGUCUCGAUGGAAGUGGCCAUUAUGCUGAAGCUUGCAGCUGAAGCAGAUGGAUCAGUGGGAACGUCUGCACCCGUGUCUCUGCUGGACUGGUUUGACUUCGGCACAGAGCUGAUCCUGGUGCAGGAGAGACCUGUCCCCGCUGUGGACCUGUAUGAUUACAUAAAAGAAAAUGGAGGAUGUUUACCAGAGGAAAAGGCCAAGGUCAUUCUGAAGCAACUGGUUGAUGCAGCAAAGGACCUCGAGGAGAAACACAUCUUUCACCGGGACAUCAAGAGUGAAAACAUUCUGAUUGAGACCAGCUCAGAUGUGCCUCGUGUUCGUAUCAUCGACUUUGGCCUGAGCUGCUUUGCUAUGGAGCGAUCGCGGUUCCGCUUCUUCUAUGGUACAGCUAUCCACACCCCUCCCGAAUGUUACCGGGGUAAAAAAUACAGGCCUGGACCCACCACGGUGUGGCAAAUGGGAGUGGUGCUGUAUGAAGCGCUUCAUGUGGGGGACUUUAAUACCGAGACGUUCCUCCAAAAGGAACUGGAAUUCAACAAGCAUCUGUCCUCACACUGCCGGAAUUUCUUGGACGCAUGUUUAACCAAUGUCCCGAAGAAGCGCCCAACACUGGGAGACCUCCAGCUUCACCCCUGGCUCAGAUAAACCCAUCUCUCUCACACACACAGACACACACUUCAUAUCUUAUCAUAUAAGUGUGAUAUAUUACCUAACUUUCUUUUUUUGUCUUUCAUUUUCAGGAAAAGAUUGUUUUGUUUUUUUUGGCCGAUUCUAAAUUUUGCUGUCCUGAAAUUCCUGUAACCCCCCCAGCCAUCCCAGGAAAGGGGAUUUCUCUUUGAAUUGGCUUUCCCGAGGUUUCUUCCCAUCAUUCUGGCCCCCCGGGGAGUUUUUCCUCGACUUCAUAGAGAGCUUGGGCUGGGUCAGGAGCUUCAUCAAAAUUGGCCUUAUUUGAUUAGUUUAAUGUAAUAAAAUACGUUGAUGUAAUCAAAUAAAAAUUUGUGAAAAUCGGAACUUUUAACUUAAACUUCCAUCAAAAUAAAACUUGUUUAAUUCAA